AGCGGCGGCUCAGUGUUACAGGCAGGGCGGCUCAGUGUUACAGGCAGGGCGGCUCAGUGUUACAGGCAGCCCCGGCAGCUGCAGGACUCGGAUCUCGGCUGCUGUUCUUAUGGCAACCGCUGUGUGCCAGUAAACAUUCAUCUCUCUCCCAACUUCACUGCAACUCCGAGGGGCAGCGCUUAGGGGACCAGUGGGCACUUGGUACUUGCCUUUCACUGUGUCCCUAGCAGGACUGCCUGUAGGGCAGUGUAUAUCUAACCAGCUCUGCCUGUGUACAUUGCUCCCUGUGCAGCAGCCCAUUCAAGUUCCCAUCGCUUGGGAUGUGAAGGUUUCUCUACUGUUCCGAAGAGUUUUUUAGAACUGCGCUUGCUAUCGGCCGAUUCCCUCGCUUUGCUCGGAGGGAGCGAUGGGCUGUUCGAGCAGUACUCAGACUCAGCCCCAGGGGGGGAACAGACCAAAGUCUCUGGAAACCAAUGGACCCAAGAAAAGCGCCUCCUCAGAUAUAAGUGAUCAGAUUGUUGAUGACAUUGAAACGAUCCCAGACCAGACCAAAUUGGAACCAUUAACAGAGAAUGAAGCAUCAAUAAAUGAAGAUCCCCCUGUGGAGGAUGAAGUGGAAGCCAUAGACACCGCAGAGUUAGAAGCAGCAGAAAGCUUGGCACCAGCUGAAGAGGAAAAUGGUGCCACAAGUGAAACAGAAGAUAAAGUAGAAGAUGCAGAGGAGCCUACAGCAGACCAACCAAAUGAGGAGGAUGUAAUGGCAGAAGGUGAGACCGAAGACUCUGAGGAAGUCAAGACGCUUGAAGAGAUACCAAGUGAGGAGGCAGAAACAAAGGAGGAAGAAACAGGACACCUGCUGGACGAAGCAGAACCAGAGAUUAGUAUGUUGAUAGCAGAGUGAAUGACCUCCUCAUUAUCACUCAGCUGAAAGCAAUGUAGAAGAGUGAAGCCUUGCACAUUUGAGACAUCCAACUGAUGAUGGGAAGGUGGACUAUGCUUUUGCUUCGGGUUGGUUAGCAGCGCAGAAAUGUGUGCACUGGGUGACAUGGCAGGUCUUAAACCUUCUUCCAAAGCCACAUUGCCAAGACUACAGCAAGAGAACUGCUGCUGCACUACAAUGUUGUGCCGUAUCUCUGAACUGAAUGUGGGGUAGGGAUGGGGGUAUCAUUUUUUAAAGUUCCCUUUAAAUAUAUGGCACAAUUGUGAUAUCUGCUUCUCUGUAUCUCUUGGUAACACAAAAAUUAUUUAAUGGGUUGAGCCCAGUUUGUAAUCUGCGUGAUUGUAAAUAAAUGGAUUGUCUUUCAGGGUCCCAUUUAGGCCAGCCUGACUAUAACACAAUGGCCCUCCACUUUGUAAAUAAAUAGGGCCCCUUUACUUGCUUUUCUUUGCUAUACGUCAUUACAUGGUGUGUCCAUUGUUGCAGGGUCUCGCUCCUUAUUGUUACAUGGAAAAAAGCUGAAUAGUUUUUAUGGCAUUGUGUAGAGAUUAUUGGCGUCAUAAAAUCUUAGACCUACUAACAGCCAGUGAAAGCCAACAGAUUAAUAAAACCCCUUGCCUGCAUUCACUAACUGUGUAUUACUGGCCUGCGGUGUCAGACUGCGCUGUCGGGCCCCCCACAUAGCGAAAUGCACUUCUUCACCCCUUUCUUCCAUCCUCUACUCUUGGUUUUAUGUUUUCUCUUCCUUUUUCUCCACUAUCCCUUUUUUCUGCCUUUUUUCUCUGUUUCCAAUCUUCUUUAACUCUGUUUUCACUUCUGCUAUCUGUUUAUUCAUUCUUAUGCUAUAAGGGGCCAUGAUACUGGUGUAGAAGUCCAAAUGGGCUGGCAAACAGGUUGGGCCCACUGGGAAUGGUUCUGGAGCCCUGGUGCAUUUUUUGUGACUAAUGAAUUAUUCUUGAAAAUCCCUACUGCUGAAAAUAAAUAUAACUAUACUAAAUUAAACUGUGUUACUGUGCCAAUUAUAAA